AUGGACGCAAUGGGCACAGGACUGCCGGCCGUAGAGCCAGCAGUAUCCGUCACGCCAUCUUAUCGUCGAAAUGGGAAGCUUUUCUCAUGUGAGCCAUGUCGGCGAGGUAAACUGAGAUGCGAUCACACCAGUCCUGUAUGUGGGAGAUGUGCAAAGCGUGGAAAAUCCGACCAGUGCAUCUAUCAUCCAGCUCCUUUAACAAAGCCACGAACUUGCCCGGGCAUCGGACCUCAUCGAUCUGCGAACGCUUCCUCGCUGGCAUCUCCGAGACAGAAUCACACGGGGCCGUACCCCACAAUCUCACGAGAAAGUCACCGCGCACUUAUCAGUCCUCGCACGAACAGUUCGCAGUCACCCGAUCAGACCGUGGUCCGGCGAAUGCAAAGUCCCUCGUCCCUUCCAAAUACGCAGUCGACCCAGCAGUCACAAUGGGGCCUCAAGCCUAUGGAGGGAUCUAGACAGCUGUCGUCGUAUGCUAGUCCCGAGAGCGCCACGGCUUUCAGAGAUGCCCGAACAGGAUUUCUAGGUCCAACAAGCUAUUCUGCCGUGUAUACCGAGAACUCAACCAUUUUGAACACGCCCGACUUGAACGACACGCCAAAUUUCCCGGCAAUCUCAGCAGAAAAGCUCCAACAGGGUGCCGAAGUCCUCUCCCUGCUGCGAGAUAUUCCCGUUUACAGACGUUUCACCGACCGAUGGUUCGAGCUUUGCGAUGGAAUCAUCUUGACACGACCAGUAACACAAUGCCUACUGGAUGGCCUCUGGUUGGAAUUUGGACCAAUCCUGGAGGAAGGUCGACCUGAAGAACUCCUGAGCCUCUCGGAAUUGGUAUGGCGCAACACCAGAGAGCCAAUGAAGGUGCGAGGCGACAUGACUGCUAGAGAUUGGGCGCAUUCCGCGUCCGGACGUAACCUACGAUGGGAAUCCGUUGGCGUUAUUCUAUCCCUGGUUGGACUCAUAUCUCUUUCUCUGAACAACUGGGACGCCAUAUUUGAGUCCAUAAGAGAGCGCUACGUGGAUCGUGCUACAUUCGCGGAACGCAUGCGGAAGGCUAGCGAGUACUGUCUCUGUUUCUGCUACGAGAGCGAGGUGCUCAACGACAUAUACCUUUGCUUCAUGUUCGAGGACUUGGUGCUGGUUGAAUGUUUGAAGGGAGAUGCUCACUGGGCAGCUUGGCAGCGGACCGGCGAAGUCUGCGAUGCUGUGAUUGCCAUGGGUCUCCACCAGGGCAACAAUCCGGAUGCCAACACGCCUUUCUUCUUGGCCGAGCUACGGAAGAAGAUCUUCAUCUCGGCUUACGGACAUGACAAAGUUGUAGCGACAUUCAUGGGACGACCGCCUCGGCUGAGCUACAGGUAUUGCAAGAUGGACUGGCCUCUGGAUCUCAAUGAUGACCAAUUAUUCAGCGAGGGCGAAGAGCUUGAGGCCGCUCUCGCUGGGUUGGAUGCUAACGGCUGGAACACUUCAGGCAUCUUGAACCGAAAUUGUUGGUCACGAAUCUGGUUCCAACAUUGCCGGAUAAGAGAGGACAUCCUCGAGAUUGCGUUGGGCUCGGAUGAGGAAGACAUCCUCUUUCGCUCCGAGCAGGUUCGCCAAAGAAUGGAACGGACUUGCUCGUCCAUGCCGGCUUUCAUGCAGAUUACACCUGAACAGAUCUUCGCAUCUGCCACGAGCCUUAUAAAUGGAUUUGGCGAUCGUCAAGUGAACGUUGUCUUUCUUUUGAAUGUUCAUACAGGUAUGGUUCAUACGGAAUUCCUACUACAGAGGGCCGUGAUUAGUCGACUGCGCACCGAUACGAAAGAAUUGAUCCCUACAUCAAGACGCAUGCUCAAGCUUGUACUGUUGGCACAGUCAAGGAAGGACCUCUUCAAAGAUUUUCAAUCAGACUUGAUCUACUUGCUUGCCUUGCAUGGCGUUCCAGCAGCCGGUGUUCUCGCCGUGGAAAUGCUCAAACAAGAACAGACGAAGCAAUACACACCAGAAAUACUCCCACGAUCCGAAACCGUACAAGACCUCAGCGUCUUCAUAUCUGCUUUGGGCACGGUUGGUCCAGGCGAGGGAAACUUUUCGAUUUGCGACCAGGGUCGUCGAGCUUUGAAAAGAGUCCUCGACCAGAUUCUUUCGCCUAACAUCCCWCCGCCAAUAUCCGCUACAGGAGAGCCCGCGAUUUUCGAUGAUUCCUCUCUGAACUUUCCCAUCGGAAACGACGCGGAAUUCCUACAGUGGCUCGAGACUGUGGAAUGGGAUAAGAGCCAUUGGAUUGAUCCCGCGAUGCAAUGA